UGUGAGUUUUUUACGCUGCUGCUUCGCACGUCCUGUGCUACUGGUUACGCCGUCGUGGCUGUUGUGAGAUCGCCCCCCUGGUGGGUGGUUAGAUCGUGGGAGCAGGCUUUGUUUCUAGCGCUGUUCCCCUCACCCUUCGUGUGCAGUGGAAGUUGGUGAGCUCUGAUCUUUCAGCGCCUGGGGUCGAGCUUCGUAAGUUGCGCCGGUGAAAGUCAAAGAUACCUCACUUCCUCUGCCCUUGAAUGCCUCAUUAUGCUAUAUCUAAUUCUGAGGGGUUCCGACAGCCGUCGUCUUCAUCACUUGUUCGAAAGAUAAAGCCUGUUCAUCUUCCCAAGCUUGAAAUCGGCAAAUGACGCGAACCCAGCUUACCGAAUAAAAUCUGUCCACCCUCUGUCAAGAUGUGCAUUGACUAAGUUUAAUUACCGGAAAGAACUGGAUCUCUCAGUUGUUCAGUGCCAGCUCCUCUUUGCCGGACACCCACUGCAGAAAAGCCAUUCAUUACUUUUGCUCUGAUUGACCUUCUUUUCUCCCACUCGCUCAUGUGAAGAGUCUUAAUUUCUGGAUUUUGAACCUGUACGAUCCCUCGUGGGAUGCGGUUCUUUAGGGUUAUGCAAAUCGUCAAAUCCUCUCCUUCUUGCACUCUCACAGUAUUUUGCCCUUGAGUGUUGCAAAGCUGAAUCAAAGCUUCUCUACCUUCAGGUCUUUUAUUCGGACCUGAGAAUCCUCUGUGAUCCUUUCAUCGUCUUCCUGUGCUUCUCGUAUCCUCUCUUUCUCUUGCAUCGAGGCUGUGUCCCAUUUUCACAGGUUUGCUUGCUGAUCACUUUCCGAGUCAGAGAAGGGCUAAGUUUCCUCUUUUUAAAUCUAUCUCCUUCCGUCCGGAAUCGGAAAUCAAGGAAUGUCAUGUUCGCUAAUCUACUUCUAGAAAUCAUCUACUUCUGAUCUGCAUUACCAGUGCUGGUCCUCCAUUUUUAUGAGUUUUUCUGCAAAGAUUCCAUUCUCUUUCUCCGCGUCGCUGGGUUCUUUCAUUGAACCUCAAGCAUCCUACCACUGCGGAUCUCUAAAUUUAGAUAUGAUAUUCACACCACAGACCUAUUCUGAUCCACAGGCUUUGGACAACAUGUUAAGUAGGAUUUCGCUCUCUAGUUAAAAGAAUGGGUAAACUCUCUUCGGCGGUGAAUGAGUCUCGAUGCGUGACCUUUACAACACAGUUGAACUUCUGUUCUUAGGUCGUGGUCCUGAUAAUGUUUCAAAGCGAUUCUGUAGUGUCCUUCGCUCUCUGCGAUACCUAGGUUUUGUGGCAGGUGUUUUUUUGGUGUGGAUUUCUGCGAAGGAUUUAGAAAGUCUUGCCACUGUGCCCACCGUCGACUUAAGGUAACAUUUAACCAUCGACACCAAUAUGCCUUCAGCCCCUGCUAAGGCCUGCGAGGUAUUACAUGGGAGCAAAUUUGUGUGAUCAAUGACGAAAAGAAGAUGAGAAGGGGACGCUGCUAAGUGAGUUCGUCAAUUGCGACCGUAAUCUUCUCCGAUGGUUUUCAAAAUUUGUCAAAACGCGAUGCUAGAGGAUGUUGUUCACACAGGAAACGAUAUUAGAAGCUUGCCAAGGUUACGGCAUUCCUUCCGAAAUCAGGGGCGGAAGGAUCCGAAUGUCUCUAAUUCUAACCCUCCAUCUCCAAAGGUGUCCACGGCAGCUACGAUCACAAACAAGGCUUCAAAAGAUCGGUUAAUCCAAGCUGGAAGAACUAGUGCACGAAAAGACUUUGUCAAGGUGACCGCACUAGGGCUAGGAACCCAGGACUUUUACAACAAUCCGGAGAGCCUGGCUUCGCUGGAGGAUGCCUACCAAAAAUUUAAGCAGGUUUAUCCUAGAUUCGUGGAUACUGUUGCAGUGGACCAGCUCCGGGAGCGUGAAUAUAGCCAUUUGAGAAAGGGAGAGUAUGCCUGCUUCGAUUAUUGUGGAUUUGGUCUUUUCUCUUACUGGCAGCAGGUGUUUCAACGGCAGAGUUCAUCAUUUAAUCUGGCCUACGUUUCUGCCAAUCUGCCAGCUCAUGCACUCUACGGAGCAGCAGAAGAAGGAUCAGUGGAGGCUUGUAUUAGGAAAAGGAUUAUGAAUUACAUGAAUUUGAGUGAUUCUGAUUAUUGUAUGGUUUUUACAGCCAGUCGAGGAACAGCAUACAAACUACUCGCUGAGUCAUACCCCUUCCAUGUGAAUAACAGAUUAUUGACAGUCUAUGAUUACGAGAGUGAUGCUGUCAGCUGGAUGGUUGAAACAGCUCAGGAAAAGGGCGCUAAAGUCAUGCAUGUAUCAUUUAAGUGGCCUAACUUGAGAAUUGCAGCUACUGAUUUGACGUAUAAGCUGCAAGAGAAGAAAAAGAAGAAAGAUCAGACUGCCAAGGGAUUAUUUGUUUUCCCAGUUCAGUCUAGAGUGACUGGAGCAAAGUACUCGUUCCAGUGGAUAUCGCAAGCGCAGGCCAACAAAUGGCACGUUUUGCUGGAUGCAUCUGCUUUAGCUCCCAAGGAAAUGGAUUCACUUGCCCUCUCCCUCUUCCGCCCUGAAUUCAUAGUGACCUCAUUCUACAAGGUUUUUGGGGGCGAUCCGACAGGUUUUGGAUGCUUAUUUAUAAAAAGCUCUAUUAUCCAAGAUCUACACACUUCAGAUCGUGCACGGGGUGUGGGAAUGGUUCGAAUAAUUCCUUCAAGAAGUUCAAAUGUGCCACCGGCAAGUGACGAGGGGCAAAGAGGAGGUGAAGAGCAAUUGACAGAUGACCUUGAGAUCGUUCCAGAUGUGUAUGUAGAUGCAGCAGAUUAUGUUAAUCCUGUCAGUGCUUUCUCUGGUCCAAUGGCACAAGUUCAUGCAGACAGCAUUGGGGAGGAGGCCGUAUCAGAUAGAAUCUCUGCUUCUGAUAGAGAAAUGAACGUUGCAUUAUCGGAUGAUGGUUGUAGACCAACUUUUCUUGUGUCUGACGACGAAGAGAAAGAUCCGUUGCAUGGAGAAAUCUACAGUAGAGAAGGGAAACUCGGUGUGCACAGAAACGAUGAAGGACUGGUCUCCGGACGUGAUCCUCCAGGAAGAGAAUCCGGAAGUGAUGAGAUGGAGGAAGAGCCAUGUGGACCCGAGUUUCCUUUGACUCGGAGAGGACCAAAGUUCGGGGGGAAAUCUGGUGCUUCUAAAGAGAUUGAAAGACAUUCUCUACAAGAUGAGAAUCGCUUUUUCUUAGAAAUGGUCAAAGAUCCGAGUACAGAAAUCACAAAUGGAAACGUUGAUAGAGAGAGAGCUUUGAGAACUCAGGAUAAAGCCUCUUCUUCGAGGGAAGUUGAUAAUCGCUUCCUGAGUAGAAUUCAGGAGGAUGUUGAUGAGUGUGCUGAUACCUCACUACCAUAUGAAGACUCACACCUAGCCGCUGACAAUGAGACUGGUAAUAAUGAAUCUUCUACGAUUUGUAGUCCACUUUUUUGUAGUACUCCUAAGUCUACUGGUGGGUUUGAGGAUAAACAGGACCAAGAUUUACAAGUGGCUCAAAACCAGGAAUUACUUGUGCAUGAACACGGGGAGAACAUCGUAAACGAAGUUGAAGCAAGGUCAGAAACUGAUGAGCUGAAAUCGAACAUAAUGUUCAAAGAUGAUCCUUAUUACUCUUCACGAGAGGAGAGACAUGCAGAGGGCUCCUCUCAAGAGGAGCAAACACGAUCUGCUGAUCUUGUAGAUUCUAAUGAUGGCCAUUUUAGUGGUGCAUAUGAGGGGCGUGUGCAACCAUUGAGCCUUGAAGUGGGUAGCAGUCAGUGGGAGGUUCAGUAUGCCAUGCCUGAGCAGGGACCCUUCCAUGCCGUGGGACCGAGCAACAGUGGCAUGCUUGAUGAAGAUCCUGUCAUCUGCAGUGGAUUAGACCAUGUUGACUCUCAAGGUCUCAGCAAAAUCAAUCUGAGAUUCCGAUAUUUGAUCAACUGGAUAGUCAAUGCCCUUCUCAAACUACGGCAUCCAGCACAAAGUGACAGGCAGGGAGCGAAUCUCGUGCACAUUUAUGGUCCCGAAGUGCAUUUGGACAGAGGUCAAGCGAUGGCAUUCAACCUGUUUGACUGGAAUGGAGUACCUAUUCGAACAGAACUCGUGCAGCGCUUGGCUGAUCGGAACAGCAUUUCUUUGGGCCUCGGCACCCUUUGCAAUAUUGUGUAUCCUGAAGGCUCCACUGACCUUGUUGGAUCAUGGUUCAACAAAGGUGCCGAAGUGGAAAGUAAUGAUGGCAAGACUGACUCUCCUCGAGCUUCAAACGCCAGCAAGCAUGACCGCCACUCCGAAAUCUCAGUCGUGACUGCAGCCCUUGGCUUUGUGUCCACAUUUGAGGAUGUGUAUAGAUUAUGGGCUUUUGUCGCCAAAUUUUUGGAUGCAGAUUUCGUUAAACGUGAGGAGCUGCUUUAUCAUUCUCUCAACCAAGAGAUUCAUGUUCUGUAGAAAAAAGGUUGAGAUAAUGCGAGAGUGAAUUGGAUUCCAAUGCCAUGACAAAGAAAAAGAGCCCUUCCUCACUGAGAUUUGAAGAAUAGGAUGUUUGGCUUGUACCAGUAGAUACCGAAUAACGAAUUGAAGGCGAAAGAAUUCAUUCCUGGAAACUUUAGUUAGAAACGUUUAUCAUCUCUUUAUAAUUCUGUAGUUUGUUUUUCAUUCAAGACGAACAUGUUGUAUAUUCUAGAGUUUAAGAUACAUGAAAGAAAAUAUCGUAAUGUUUAUUGUAAUAGAAAAAAAAAAUAAAGAAAAAAAAAGGCAACGAAACCAAGGAAGUGUCAGCCCUUUAUACAAA